ACUUAAACUUCAAAUUAGAUUUCUCAUUCAACAAAAAAUAAAACACUAGAAGUGUGCAAUUUGCUCCACCUUUGUUAUUUCUCAUGGAUCUCAUUUCCAAUUUGUUCUAUGGUCUUCCUUUAUUAUACAUUCUCUAUUUAAUAUGGAAGAUUAUCGAUCGAAAAAGACACCAAAAUUGUUACAUUUUGGACUAUGAAUGUCACAAGCCAACCGAUGAUCGAAUGCUUAGCACAAAAUUUUCAGGGGAAAUAAUUAUGAGGAACAAAAACCUUGGCCUAAAUGAGUAUAAGUUCCUCUUGAAAGCUGCCGUUAGCUCAGGCAUUGGUGAACAAACAUAUGCACCAAGAAUGGUGUUUCAUGGUCGUGAAGCAUGUCCUACUUACGAAGAUGGUAUCUUGGAGAUGGAAGAGUUUUUCCAUGAUAGCAUUGACAAGCUCUUCAAGAGAAACAAAAUUUCCCCUUGUGAAAUUGAUGUACUCGUAGUGAAUAUAUCAAUGUUAGCUACUAUGCCAUCUAUGGCUGCACGAAUAAUCAAUUACUAUAAGUUGAGGGAAGACAUCAAGGUGUAUAACCUCACUGGGAUGGGGUGUAGUGCUAGUCUCAUAUCACUAAAUAUCAUCGAAAAUAUCUUCAAGAAUGAGAAGAACAAGGUUGCACUUGUGGUGACAUCAGAGUCCUUGAGUCCAAAUUGGUACUCGGGGAGUGAUAGAUCUAUGAUUCUAUCUAAUUGUUUGUUUAGGUCAGGAGGUUGCGCGAUUUUAUUGACAAACAAAUUGUCUUUAAAAAACAAAGCCAUGUUCAAAUUGAAGCAACUAGUUAGGGUACAUCAUGGUGCAAAAGAUGAAGCCUAUGAUAGUUGUGCACAAAGGGAGGAUAAUCAAGGUAACACAGGGUUCCACCUUGAUAAAAAACUACCAAAGGCCGCGUCACGUGCACUAGUCGAUAAUUUGAAACAAAUAGCACCCUUGAUCCUUCCUAUAAGGGAGCUACUUAGAUAUUCAAUCGCGAUAUUUAUGAAAAAAAUGAAUUGGAGCUCAACAAAAGGAGGACCUAAGCCAAUGAUCAAUUUCAAAACAGGUGUAGAUCAUAUUUGUCUACAUACUGGAGGAAAAGCAGUAAUUGAUGGUGUUGGUGCAAAUUUGAACUUAAGUGAGCAUGAUUUAGAGCCAGCAAGAAUGACAUUACAUAGAUUUGGUAACACUUCAGCAAGUAGCCUUUGGUAUGUGUUAGGGUACAUGGAGGCCAAAAAAAGGUUAAAGAAAGGUGAUACAAUGCUUAUGAUUAGCUUUGGAGCAGGAUUUAAGUGUAAUAGUUGUUUAUGGGAAGUGUUAAGAGAUUUGGAUGAUGGAAAUGUGUGGAAAGAUUGCAUUGAUAAUUAUCCACCUAAAACUAUAGUGAAUCCUUUCAUGGCACAAUUUGGAUGGCUACAUGAUCAUGAAGAUCCGGACACCUUCACUAUUCCAGAUGAUUAUUUUAUCUCUUGAGUUUUGUUUUUUGUUUAAAAAAAUAAAAUUGUCUUUUUUCUUGCUUGAAAAAGAACAAUAUCAUACUAUUGUUCUUAGUAUUUUACUAUUUUUGUUCUUUUUUUUCUUAUUGGUUAGACACAUUGUUGUUGGUUUAAGUCAGCUCAAAGAUAUUAUUAAGUGAUGUUCAAUGUUUUGUACCAAA